UUCCGCUUGUAGCGGAAGAAGAGGAAAAUUCCGCAGAAAGCAGUGCUGCAGUAUCCGCGGCAGGACCGGCAGUGGCGGAGAGCGGCUGCGAUCUCCGCUGACUCCCGUCCAUCGGCUGACCAUCAAACCCCAGCCAACCGCGACUUCAGACCCAAUCGGCUGAAGCGGUGGCGAAGCCCCUUGACGGCCUCGAUACGGGGCGGCGGACGGGGUGCGUGCGGCCCCGAUGCCCCUGGUCAAGAGCUGCGGGCAGAGUGGAUUGACAUAGAAUACAGUAUCAUAAAAUGCUGCCAGAAUGGAUGUCAACCAGCAUGGUUUGCUCCCUGUGGUCAGAAAACAGCAGGAAUGGAUGUCCCUUUCGGUUCCAGUCUAGGAAGAGAGGCGUAAGGCCUUUUCAGAUUCUACAAUGUGGCAACGCACUCCAACACAGCUUGACCUGCCUAGUGAACUUGCUUACGUUGCUGGAUGUUUUUGUGCCCUCCAUCUUUGGGAUUCUGAUGGGGACCAGCGAGGCAGCACUUCGGAUGGAAAACGUUGAGCUGAAGGAGGAGUGGCAAGAUGAUGAUUUUCCCAGACCAAUACCAGAGGAACAAAUGAUGGAUGUUCUCGGACGAUUACCAGCUCUGGAAAACAGAACAUUGCCCCCUAACACAUUGAAUAUUAAUGGGAAUAAUCCGAAGCGCAAAACUCUUGUUGCACCAGAAAUUAACAUCUCCCUGGAUCAGAGUGAGGGCUCCAUCCUGUCUGAUGACUAUCUGGACACACCCGAUGACCUGGACAUUAACGUAGAUGAUCUGGAGACUCCGGAUGAGACAGACUCCCUGGAAUAUUUGGGAAAUGGAAAUGAGUUGGAAUGGGAAGAUGACACUCCAGUUGCAAGUGCUAAAAAUUCUCCCAGUGGAAAGGGGGGCUCCUUUGAAGAUGGUACAGCAGAGGAUGGUGAAGCCACCAAUGGGAGGCUGUGGAGGACAAUCGUCAUCGGAGAACAGGAGCACAGGAUUGACAUGAAAAUCAUCAGGCCAUAUAUGAGAGUGGUAACACAUGGAGGCUAUUAUGGUGAAGGAUUGAAUGCAAUCAUUGUAUUUGCUGCUUGUUACUUGCCCGAUAGUGGAUGUGCAGACUAUACCUACAUCAUGGAAAACCUCUUCCUGUAUGUGAUCAGCAUCUUGGAGUUGCUAGUUGCUGAAGACUACAUGAUUGUAUACCUGAAUGGGGCUACACCUCGCAGGAGGAUGCCAGGCCUGGGGUGGCUGAAGAAGUGUUACCAGAUGAUAGACAGAAGGUUAAGGAAGAACCUAAAGUCAUUAAUAAUCGUUCACCCAUCGUGGUUUAUUAGGACCGUGCUGGCAAUAUCCAGGCCAUUUAUUAGUGUUAAGUUCAUGAGUAAGAUUCAGUACGCUUACACUCUGUCUGAACUGGAGCAGGUCAUUCCAAUGGAACAGAUGCAGAUCCCAGAGUGUGUCUUACAAUUUGAAGAAGAAAGAAUCAAGGUUAAAAAGAACAGGACAGAAGAUGAUGAAAACACAACUGAGAAAAACAGAUCUGGAACUGCAGCAGAAGAACAGCAGGAGUGAAGGAAAGUUAACCUUGGCAUCAUUGACUGGAAUUCUGAGAAAAAUGGAUGAAGUUCUUGAAAGUUAUGACACAGUUGUAGGUUAUAAAAUACUGAUUUUCACUCUCUGUUACUGACUCCAGGAUACAGGCAGAGGAUACUGGGCCACAAAUUUUUUUUUGUCUCUAAUCAGGUGAUUCAAACAGUACAUGGGGCUUCGUGGCUCAAAGUGUCAAAUGAAAAAUGUGUAGGUUAAGAUUAAUUCUUUUUCCACAAGAUUUCAUUUUAAAUAAGUCAUUCAGUAUCUUCAUUUUUGCUAAUCAGCCCAUAAACCCCUGAAACACUGUCUAUUGCUGGGCUGUUAGCUCCAAAGGCACCAGUCACUCUGGAAUUGCAGCCAUUUUUCACACAUCAUCUUAAAUGGCAAACUUCAGCAUGGCCUUCUCCUGCAGGUAUCUCAACACCUGAAUACCUAAAACUUAUACUUUAUGACAACUUCAGGAUAAAAUCCACCACUGAUUGAAGGCCCUGCAUAUAUUCUUAAACCACUUCCCUUUUAUGAAAAGGAGAGAUUCCCACUUCUGUUGACCUCAAGGAUCACUACUGUGGAAAAGUUAUCGGUCCAUUUUGGGUUGGAAUUUAGCCAGAUAGGCAUUGUUUCACAACAAUUCACCCAUGACUAUACGAGAAUAGUUUUGUUACAUUCAUCAGCAUCAUCACCCGAUUACUAAUAUAUUGACAAGACUAUGAUUUAACAAUACACCAACCUAGGAUUCUGGUGAUGGAGAAAGAUUAAAUGGUAGUGAAAAUAAAAUUACCCCUGCUGACCAGGAUGGUGCUAUUUAAUGUGAUCAAGAAGUUUUCAAAUUCUUCCAGGAAGUAUUUGCUCCUUUGGAAUAAUGGGGGAGGCUAUGGAUUAAUUCCCCGGUUUAUUGAGUUAGCUGAUCUCAGUCAUGGUAACUGCCUUGGUGUGCUACAGUUGACAACUGUGUGCUCAGGAGCAGAGUGGCAUGAGGGGGAAUACUUGGCAAAAUGGUCAAGGUCAGCUGUGAUGCCCUCAAUGAUUGGGUAACCUGCCAUGACUUGAGGUCAGUGCUCACAAAUGAAGAAGGGGCAGGAAGAAUAAUUGUGGAGAAUAUGGGGACGACAAUAGAAAUGCUGUUUUACUGGAUCGGUUACGCUGAGAGUGAAAGGCAGAUCGAGUGGAGCAUAACUCACUAUGGAGGCAAAGAAUGAGGCCUGGCUGACAAUCAAAAGUUUAAAAAUAGCUGUUGGAUGGGUCAGUUCUUGAAAGUACUGUUUUUAUUUUGGUGAAUCUAGUUGUAAUUGUCCUUCAUGGUUAACACAUGUACAGGUUUAAACUGUUUUUUGUUAUGUUCCUUCAUUGCUAAAAUUUUCACACAGACAAGUUAAAUUCUAGCUCUCCAAUAAAUGCUUACUCCCAAACAGCAGUGUGAACAGCUUCCUGUGUAAUCAGCAGCUGCAGCGUUCAUUCUGGAUUGUAUAAUCUCAAACAUGACACCUUGAUGACCUUUUGCCUAUUCUCUAUUUCAGGAUUUAUAGAAAGCUUGAUUGAAGUCUCUUGCUAUUCUUUCUGGAUAUCCAGAUUCUUCAUUUUAUGUCAUGGGCAUUUCUACAUGAAAUACUGGGGAAUGUAGUGAUUGCCCCCAAAUGGUCAUGUUCUAAUUGUGGGAAAUUGAUAGCUCUAUUGAGUCUCUAAGUUCUUGAAUUCUAUUAAGGAUUUUGAGACCCAUAUUUUAAUAUCAUCUGGGACAUUUUCAUACUGAACACAACUGAGAUUUGAUGCUACAUUCCAGUCUUUGAAUCGAGAUCCAAUGUUAGAAGCAGUAUCGAAAAGGCAACUUAUAGAUCAAAUUCGAAGUUCUCCUAUGUAGAAUUGACUUUGUAGGGUGAUAGAAACAAUUUAAGGAACUGCUGAAUGACAUUCAUAUUAGGCAGCAGUGUUAAAAUUCUGGAAAAAGGUCAAAAGUGAAUGGGCUAAAGUUUUCUUCCCCCCCCCCCCAUACAAAUCCACCUCAUAGCCAUCAGGCAACUUCAUAUUCUGAUUUGAAAUUUAUACUAAAAUUCUCUAAUUAGGCAAAACAACAUCAAAUUGAUAACUUUGAAAAUUUAAAUGAUUUUAAGUCUAAGGUCUAGAAUUACACCCACUGAAUAAGCUUAGCUAAUCUGCAUGUUAAGUCCCUUUGCUCUGUGGAUUUGAUACAAUCAAGCUGACAGAAUCUGAUUAAACUCACUUUUUGGCUAUUUCAUUACCUAU